AUUCUCAAAAAUGGCUGAAAAAGCUGAAAAUCUUCCAUCUUCUUCGGCCGAAGCUUCAGAAGAGCCAUCACCUCAAACUGGACCAAAUGUGAAUCAAAAACCAUCGAUUUUGGUUCUUGGAAUGGCUGGUUCUGGAAAAACGACAUUUGUUCAGCGUCUCACAGCAUUCCUACAUGCUCGUAAAACACCUCCAUAUGUGAUUAAUCUGGAUCCGGCAGUUAGCAAAGUACCUUAUCCAGUGAAUGUUGACAUUCGAGAUACUGUGAAAUACAAGGAAGUUAUGAAAGAAUUCGGAAUGGGACCAAAUGGAGCAAUUAUGACAUGUCUUAACCUGAUGUGUACUCGUUUUGAUAAAGUAAUUGAGUUGAUUAAUAAGAGAUCUUCUGAUUUCUCAGUUUGUCUUCUUGAUACUCCUGGACAAAUUGAAGCAUUCACUUGGAGUGCUAGUGGAUCUAUUAUCACUGAUUCAUUGGCAAGUAGCCAUCCCACGGUGGUAAUGUACAUUGUGGAUUCCGCUCGUGCCACAAAUCCAACUACAUUCAUGUCCAAUAUGCUCUACGCAUGUUCCAUUCUCUACCGUACCAAACUUCCAUUCAUUGUCGUUUUCAACAAAGCUGAUAUUGUCAAACCAACAUUUGCACUCAAAUGGAUGCAAGAUUUCGAAAGAUUUGAUGAAGCUUUAGAGGAUGCCAGAAGCAGUUAUAUGAAUGAUUUGAGUCGUUCAUUGAGUCUCGUUCUUGAUGAAUUCUAUUGCGGACUGAAAACAGUUUGCGUCAGUUCUGCAACUGGAGAAGGAUUCGAAGAUGUAAUGACAGCAAUCGAUGAAAGUGUUGAAGCAUACAAAAAAGAAUAUGUUCCAAUGUAUGAAAAAGUGUUGGCUGAGAAAAAACUAUUGGAUGAGGAGGAGAGAAAGAAAAGAGAUGAAGAGACUCUGAAAGGAAAAGCUGUUCACGACCUGAACAAAGUCGCCAAUCCCGACGAAUUUCUGGAGUCGGAGUUGAAUUCAAAAAUCGAUAGAAUUCAUUUGGGCGGAGUCGAUGAAGAGAAUGAGGAGGAUGCUGAACUCGAAAGAUCCUGAUUUUCUUUUUGUUUUUGAAUUUUUAUUCUAUUUUGAUCCCUGUUUACUUCUUAUUGUUCUCAUUUUGUUGCGUUGUUUUACAUUUUACUCAUUUUUGCAUAAACUUGUUGCAAAAAUC